AGGCUAACAGUCAUUAGAUCUGAUGCUAACAGCCAAAUAAUAGGAUCAGUAAGCUGACAGUUAGCAGCGUCACAUUGCAGCAGGACUACAGCUCUAACCCAGUCUGACCUGGUCCCAGGCAGUCCCGGCAGCAUGCAGGCAGAGUUCCGGGCUCCGCGGAGACGAACUCAGGUCCAGGAGGAGUUUGAGGCUCCGCUGCCGGUGAGGAGCCACUUCAGAGCGCAACUCAUCAACCAGCACGUGCUGGUCUGUGACCCGGACCACAUCCAGGAGAUCCACAACCAGGGGUACUUCGGUAAAGGGAUCCUGUCCAGAUCCAGACCAGACCACAACAUCUCUGACCAAUGGGAGGAACACCAGGGAUUGGUUCUUCCUGUGAUCUCACAGUCCAGGUUUGAGGAGCUCCUCAGGUGGGCGGGGUCAGCUCUGUCUGCUCAGGGGUUGGAUGAAGAAGCUGUUAGUCAGACGCUGCUCAGAUUGUGUCAGCCAAUAGAUGUGGAGGCUGUGAGGAGGGAGGUGGAAGGAGCAGGGGGAUGGACCUGUGGUGAGGAGGUCAGGAGGAGGUGCAGGGGGGAAACACGAGAACUGAGCCUGGACCACCACCCUGAUCCUGAUCCUGGUCCUGGUCCUGAUCCUGACUCUGGUCCCAAUCCUGACUCUGGUCCUGAUCCCCUGGUUCCAGGUCCUGAUUUUGUCCUGGUGGUCUCUGACAGUGAGGUGAGUCUUACAGAAACCCACCCA